AUGGCGUUCAUCCGGCAAACCAUCACGCUUGUCAAGAAAAACUUCCUCAUCAUCAUCGUGCGCCAUUCGACAUCGACGGUACUUCGCGCUUUCUUGUUGCCAAUCUUCCUCGCGGCAUUCCUCAGUUUCGCUAGGUUCUUCUUUGUUCCUCCGGCGCGCAACGGUAUCGCCGAUUCGCUAGCCAUCAGGUCGCUGGAGGAUAGCUUGCGCGUGGCGGGCGAGACCUCUAGGAACACGGUUGUCUUCGUCGAUGGAGGUCACAAAACUGGCGACAUUGACAGGGUCAUCAACAAUCUGACUGCUCAGGUUGAGACUGCCGGCAAGACUGUUUUUCGACUUGACAGGGAAAACCAAAUCCAGAGGGAGUGCAAGAGUUCGCUGAGGGGCGUGUCACGAUGCUAUGGUGCCGCAGUCUUCAACGGCUCACCCGACUUUGGUGGAGUAUGGAACUACACAAUACGCAUGGAUGGCGGCUUGGGUCCCGUGGCUCGUAUCGACACCCAGUCGGACAAGCGUGACGCCCAGAUCUUCAUCCUGCCGUUCCAGCGCGCCGUCGACGCUGCCAUCACCGGCCUAAACUCAUCCAGUAACUCGAGCCCUCUGAGCAACUCGCAUGAAUAUGUCUUCACCGGUCUCACCCAGCAGGAGAGGGAAGAGGAAAUUCGGGUGAGGUAUCAGCAGGCAGUCACGAACUUUAUGGGCGUCGCCUUCAUUCUUGCCAUCAUUGGAAUAUGCUACCACUUGACAGGUUUCAUGGCCACGGAGCGGGAAAUCGGCAUGUCCACACUUAUCGAGUCCAUGAUGCCCACGAGACAGCGCUGGCAGGCACAGGCAGCACGGUUGCUUUCAUACCACAUUGCCUUCGACGUCAUCUAUCUGCCGGGAUGGAUCAUCGGUGCGCUUAUCCUACAACUGGGUGUUUUUCGCCAUACUAGCACCGCCAUGUAUGUAUUUUACAACAUCACUGCUGGCCUGGCCCUUUCUUCCAUGUCCAUCUUCGGGGCUGCCUUUUUCAAAAAGGCUCAGCUGAGUGGCGUCUUGGUCACAAUCGUCUACUGUGUGCUCGCCAUAGUCGCGCAGGCCAUCUCCUACCCCAGCACCGCGCAGGUUACGGUUCUGAGCCUGCUGUUCGCGCCAUGCAACUAUGUCUACUUCAUUACAAACACUGCUCGAUGGGAGGCGAAAAAGUGGCCUACCGACUUGACCGACGUCCCACCAAACAGUGCCUGGGACAUACCAGCUAUCUGGCUUUGGGUUUUCUUGGCAAUACAGAUCAUUGUCUACCCGAUUAUAGGCGCUCUUAUCGAACGUUACCUUUACGGUACGGCCACCAAGGGCCGCAACAUCGUCAAUGGAAGCGAAUUGGGAGGCGAAGCCGCGGUUCGACUCGAAGGCUUCACCAAGAUCUACAAACCUGGUCUCAUCCGGCGCAUGUUCUCGUUCAUCUCGAAGCCCAAACCCCCGGUGCGUGCUGUCGACGGCCUCACCCUGAGCGCCGGGCGUGGUCAGAUUCUCGCGCUGCUGGGCGCCAACGGCAGUGGAAAGAGUACCUCGUUGGACGCCAUCGCCGGUAUCAACAGGCUGACCAGCGGCAGCAUAACGAUUGACGGAACCGGAGGCUUGGGUAUCGCACCGCAGAAGAACGUACUGUGGGACGACGUCACUGUUGAGGAACACAUUCGGAUAUUCAACAGUCUCAAGGCGCCAACCAACAAGUCCAGCAAAGAAGAGAUCCGCCAGCUCGUCGAGGCCGUGGACCUGACCAAGAAGAUCAAGGCCAGGUCGAAAACUCUGUCCGGCGGCCAGAAGCGCAAGCUGCAGCUGGGUAUGAUGCUGACAGGUGGAAGCGCGGUCUGCUGCGUGGACGAAGUCUCGAGUGGUCUCGAUCCACUCAGUAGGAGAAAGAUCUGGGACAUUCUACUGGCUGAGCGCGGCAAGAGGACUAUGAUUCUGACAACUCACUUCCUCGACGAGGCAGACCUGCUGGCUGAUCACAUUGCCGUGCUUUCCAAGGGUACGUUGCGUGCAGAGGGCUCCUCGGUGGAGCUGAAGAACAGGCUUGGCGGGGGUUAUCGCAUUCACUUCCUGAAGACCAAGACUCUCCAAGACGGCCCGGUUGUUGAUGGUGUCACCAAGAAGGUCUCGUUCGAUAUCAUCAGCUAUAUUGCUCCUUCGUCGGCGCUAGCUGCCGAAGUCAUCCGGACCCUGGAGGCCCAUGAAAUCCGCGACUACCGCUUCUCUGGACCGACAAUCGAGGACGUGUUCUUGCAGCUGGCCGAAGAAGUCAAGGGUGAAACUGACGCCGCGUCAAGGGGCAGCCAGCUGGCGGCGGCGAGUCUGCAGGGAGGCAAGGUCGAAAAGACCUAUUCUUCGGAAGUGGUCACCCCCGACUCGGAGAAGGACAACCUCGAGCUGAUGUCCGGAAACAAGGUUGGGAUCCCUCGACAGGCCAUUGUUUUGUUCCGGAAACGAUGCACAGUCUUCAAGCACAACUGGUUCCCCUCGUUCGCCGCUUUCAUCAUCCCCAUCUUGGCGGCAGGCCUGUGUACGCUCUUCAUUCGCGGACAGUCUCCGGCGGGGUGCUCCACGCAGGAGACGAGAAGGAGUGAGGACAUCUUUAGUAGCGACGAUGACGACAACAAACUGCUGAUGCUCUACGGGCCAGCGAGUCGAUUGUCACAGCAAGCUCUUGUAGGGAUGAUGGGAAGAAUCAUGGGUGUUUCGGGCGACUCCACCGGCGGCGGCGGCGGCGGCGGCGCUGGCGCUUCCACCGGUGCACAGGGCCAGCCCAACCUCAACAACAUGUUCCAGAAUGUCACUUCUUUCGACGAGUUUACCAGGGGCAUCAUUGAUCGGCGCAAGGAAGUCCAGCCUGCCGGCUUUUGGCUGGGAGAUUCCAAUAACCCACCGACCUUGGCCUACUCCUCGAUCCCGGAAAUGCAGAAUGCCUUCUUUGGACAGAACAUUCUGAACAUGGCCUUGACCAACACAACCUUGGUUGCCAAAUACGCCGCUUUUGACACGCCAUGGCAAGAUAAUACAGGCAACUCACUCCAGCUGCUUGUCUAUAUCUGCCUUGCACUCUCUGCAUAUCCAGCCUUCUUCGCUCUGUAUCCCAACGUUGAAAGGAGACGCUUCGUUCGUGGUUUGCAGUACUCCAACGGUGUCCGGCAAUUCCCUCUCUGGAUCGCAUAUGUCCUCUUUGACUUUAUCAAUGUCAUUGUGUCAUCGGCCAUUGUCAUAGGACUGUUUGUGGCUAUUGCAGAUGUGUGGUACCACGCAGGCUAUCUGUUCCUCAUCCUUGUCCUUUACGGGUUGUGUGCGAUUCUUUUGGCUUACAUCAUCUCGAUAUUUGCGUCGAACCAGCUCUCGGCGUAUGCAUUCACUGCCGGCUUCAACGCCGUCAUGUUUCUGGUCUAUCUGAUCGGCUACAUGGCGACUAUCACCUACGCCCCAGUCGAUAAGGUUGACUCGUCCCUGCUGGUUGUGAACUUUGUUGUGUCGGCCUUUGCACCCAUCGGCUCUGCCGUUCGGGGAUUUUUCAUCGCGCUGAACCUCUUCUCCUCGACGUGUCAAGAUCAGGAAUUGGCGUCAAAUCCGGGAGGUUUCCUUCAGUAUGGCUCUCCCAUCAUGUACCUGAUCAUCCAGGCCAUCCUGCUCUUCUUGCUGCUCCUCUGGUUGGACAGCGGCACCAUCCGGGCUACAUGGCAGCGUCUCUUUGCCCGCAAGAACAAGAACUCCAACCAACAGGCCGCCGAUAUCUCGGACGAGGAGGUGGCCGGCGAGCUGGUGCGCGUCACGUCAUCGGCCACAGAUCCCUCGCGGCGCAGGCAAGAGACCAAGGGCGUCGGCUCGUCCGACAAGGACGGGUUGCAGGUGGUGCACGUAACCAAGACUUUUGGCAAGAACACGGCCGUCGACAAUGUCACCUUUGGGGUCAAGCACGGCGAGGUGUUUGCGCUACUGGGCCCCAACGGUGCUGGUAAGUCGACCAGUCUGAACAUGAUUCGGGGUGACCUCCAGCCCUCGCCCGGCGGCGAUGUCUUUGUCGAGGGCAUCUCGGUGUCCAAGCAACUGGCCGCCGCCCGCGCCAACCUGGGCGUCUGCCCGCAGUACGAUGCCAUCGACGUCAUGACGGUGACAGAACAUCUCAAGUUCUAUGCCCGCGUCAGGGGUAUUGCGGACGUCGACCGCCAGGUCGAGGCUGUCAUCCGGGCCGUCGGGCUCGAGCUUUUCCGUGACAGACAGGCGUACGCGCUGUCGGGUGGUAACAAGCGCAAGCUGUCGCUUGGCAUUGCGCUGAUGGGCAACCCGUCCGUCAUUCUCCUGGAUGAGCCGUCAUCGGGCCUGGAUGCGGCCGCCAAGCGGAUCAUGUGGCGUACUUUGGCCGGCACCGUUCCAGGGCGGUCGAUUCUGCUGACGACGCAUUCCAUGGAGGAGGCGGAUGCGCUAGCUGGACGAGUUGGAAUUCUGGCCAAGAGGAUGCUUGCAAUGGGCUCUGCAGACAACCUGCGCCACCGCUUCGGCGACCUCUUACACGUCCACAUCGUACUCAAGGGUGCGCCCCGCACGUCGGAUGCCGACGCAGCGCGCGUGAGAGACUGGAUUGUUCAGACUCUCCCCGGCGCCGAGGUCGAGGAGAAGGUCUACCAUGGACAGCUGCGGUUCUCGGUACCGGCCAGCGCGGUGUCGGGUCAGCGACAACGAACGACAGAAGGUGGCGAGGGCGACGAGAUCACGAGGGAAGGCCAGGCGUCCAGCGGUCGCAGCUCACAGAGCGCCGUCGGCAAGCUGGUGGUCAUGCUCGAGGAGAACAAGCACCUGGGUAUGGAGCACUACGCCGUCAGCCCCACGACUCUGGAUCAGGUGUUUUUGACCAUCGUCGGCAAGCACAACAUCAAAGAGGAGGGUUACAAUGAGGACGAGAAGCCAACGGGCUGGAGGAGGUUGUUUGGGCGGCGUAAGGCGUAG